UAGAGUCCUGCAGCCGGAGAGGGAGGGAGGCAGCGUGCGCCAGCAGCCGGGAGUCGCGCAGGGAUUUUCUCCGUUCCCUUUUGCGCUGCAGAGACGUUGGCCGGUGCGCCCCGCUUCGCCCCUCGACGUCGUCAUGAGGGAGAGGAGAGCGCCUCAGCCGGUGGUGGCCCGUUGCAAGCUGGUUCUCGUCGGGGAUGUGCACUGCGGGAAGACUGCCAUGUUGCAAGUGUUGGCCAAGGACUGCUACCCGGAGACAUACGUGCCCACGGUUUUUGAGAACUAUACGGCGUGCCUGGAGACGGAGGAGCAACGGGUGGAGCUCAGUCUGUGGGACACAUCUGGAUCCCCAUACUAUGACAAUGUGCGCCCCCUGUGCUACAGCGACUCAGAUGCGGUCCUGCUCUGCUUUGAUGUCGGCCGCCCUGAGACCAUGGACAGCGCACUGAAGAAGUGGAAGACAGAAAUCCUGGACUACUGUCCUAGCACCCGUCUGUUGCUGAUUGGCUGCAAGAUAGACCUGCGCACCGACCUCAGCACCUUGAUGGAACUGUCCCACCAAAAGCAAGCCCCUGUCUCUUAUGAACAGGGUUGCGCUGUGGCCAAGCAGCUAGGAGCAGAAACCUACCUGGAGUGUUCAGCCUUCACAUCGGAGAAAAGCAUCCACAGCAUCUUCCGGACAGCAGCGUCCAUCUGCCUGAGCAAGCCUGGUCCCCAGCCCCCCAAGAGCCCAGCCCGAAGUUUCCCCAAGAGACUCCUCCGCUUUCCCAGCCGAUCUGAGCUCAUCUCUUCCACUUUCAAGAAGGAGAAAGCGAAAAGCUGCUCUGUCAUGUGAAGGGGCCGCCUACUUCCGGGGAGCAGGGGGUGGCGGUGGCAGUGGAACCAUUGCGGACACUGGGCCCUCCAGCUGGCCCUUCUGGGGUGGGGAAGGGAGAGGGCUGCCUGGCUCCCAGGGGCCAGGCCUGGAGACUCCAGAAGGAUCCCAUUCCCAACUCCCUCGCCGGCUUGAGCAAGCCUGCCGCCCCUUCCGCAUUGCAAUGCUUCCCUCCAUGCAGCUGCAGUGUGCGCUUCUUCCAGAUAGACAUGAAGCGGGGAGGGGGAGUUUGGCUGGACUGCAAAGGUGAAGGCUGGCCCAAGACCAACCCUGCUCCGGAAAGCCUUGGGCCUUGGCAUAGCAACAUCGUGGACAGCAGUGGCUCUGGUGGUCGUUCCACAUAGAUUUGGAAGGUUCUAAAGAAUCGCCCCCUUUCUGAUGCACAGUUAAUAUCUUUGUUUGGCCCUGAUCACCUCUUCCCAUCAGCUGCUUGUCUCCAUUGCCUGUGUGAAGCAGGCCGAGUGCAGAUCACUUCUCCCUUCUCUCUCCCCCCCCCAAAGCCUGCCGAAUAUUGUGUCCUUCCUUUUACCCUCCUCCCUCUAGCAGAGAGGUGUCCGGGUACCCUCUCCUUCGCCUCUGCAAUUGCAGGUGGAGGGGGGUGGAGGGCAGGACGAGGGAGUGGUUGUUUUAUAGACAUUGUCUCUUUGUGUAUGGGAAGGAAAGGAAAUGGGGCAAAUCUGUUAAAUGUUCAGUGUUAUUAAAAGAAAAAAACUUAUUUAUUAAUGAAAAUAUAAUGCAGAUUAACAUCCA